AAAUGUUACCGUAAAUCGUGAUAAGAGUGAAUUUUAUCUAUACUUGUUGUUCUGCUUGUUUAAUUUUGAUUCUACCAAAUUGGGCGGCCAAAAACAUCGAAAAUUGAUCUGGUAGCCAUUGCGGAUCGGCUAAGCACCCUGCUGGAGAUGGCGCUCCAAAUAGCGCAGAACAACCGCGAUGGCCAGCAGCUGGUGGGACUGGGUGGUCAGCAGCAGGGGCUCCAUGGGCUCCAGAUGGUGGUGGAGGUGUACGUGCUGUUCGUCAACACCACCAAUCGCACCCUGGAUCUGUACUGGUUGUGCGACCGCGAUCGGGAGAACAUGUACCUCACCCUCAAGCCUUUCGAGGAGGUCCGGGUGAAUACGUUCAGCACGCACAGCUGGUUCUUCCGCGACUAUUACACGGGCGAACGGAUGCAUGUGCGCUCGAGGAGGAUCUUCCAGCCGAUCAGGGUGCGGGUGCCCAAGAAUCCCCAGCAUCCGGAGCAGCUGUGCGACGUGCGCAGCCAGGUGCUAAUCCACUUCCCUAUGCGAUCGCUGCGGGAGAACUGCCUCUGGCUGGUGGCCCGCUGGCUAAUCCGCACGAGCAAUGCGCCCCGGAGGGUCAUCCAUGGCUAUCACAUACCCGCAACGCUGAAGCAACAACUGCUCCUCCUGCUUACCACCAUGGAGUCCUAUUCCCGGGUGGCCGGCACCAGACGUCGGCGUUAGAAUCAUUUACCUUAGAAUAGUUGUUAUAAGGGGGGAUUAACACUUUGGGAUUGAGAGCCAGGCUCGAUUUCCAAAUAAUUUAAUAACUUUAAUUGAUUUUCAUCCUGGUUUUCGUUUUCGUUUUCCGCUUAUUACUUAUGUACAAAUUGGCUUGCAUAGAGCGUUUUACAGGUUGGACUACUGCCGUUGCAUUGAUUUUUUGUAUCUUUAACAAGAUUACUUAUACUUAUGUUCUAUGUAUAUAUAAUUAUGUAUAAACCUAAUGUGAAACAAGUGUGAAUAUUACAUACAUAUAUGCGCAAUCCUCUAGGUCUAGAAUGCUUCAGAUGCGAAUACGGUUUUAAUGGUAUGUCUGUAGUUGUUACUCCCCUUGCAAUGUUUUAUCUACGUGUUUGUGUGUCGCAAGCUUAAUUCUUAUAAGUCUGAAUCUGAAGUACAUAUAUGUGUAUUCCUAACGAGAAGUCGAAGGUAAACUCAAAAAUACAUUGCAUAAAUACAUACAAAUGGUUAAUCGAUCA